AUGGUAAUCACUGCAGUUUUCCGCUGUCCUAGUACGAUCGCCAACGUUUCUGAUGAAUCACCGAAGAUCUGUAGGCCAUACCUGCAUUUUCGGGAUCAGGCUAUGCCGUAUGUUCAGCCUUAUUACGACAUCUACCUUAAGACUUAUAUCGAUCGGGCCCAACCCCAUGUCGACAGUCUGAACAGGAAUGUUGUUGCACCGGCUGCUAUCUUUGCAAAGGAGAAAUACACAGUGUACGGCGCGCCCUGCGUUGCACAGUUGAAGGACUACGCUGAAGGUACGUGGUCCAGCACCCUGAAACCCCGCCUAGAGGUUCGGAGGAAGUGGGCGCGUGCACAAUAUGACCAGACCUUGGGGCCACAUGUGGAUCAGGUCUACAGCAUCGUAAAGCCAUAUACCCGCGAAGUGUUCGCUGAGGUGGCACAUAUGUACGACACCACAAUCAUACCACUAUAUUACCGUGCAGUGCCAGUGCUUCAUCAGGCAUUUAAGCACGGACACCAUAUUUCUACCGAAAUCAUCUUUCCGAACGUACGUUAUGCGCAGCAAGUUUCGUUCGAGUUUUUGAGACGCAAGCUGUGGCCUAUGCUCGUCCUAUUGUAUGGGGAAAACGUCGAACCACAGCUGACCAAAAUAAUGGAGCGUGUGGGUCGGUAUAAAGACGCGCGCAACAUGCAGAAUGUUGUAACCGGGGAACUCAACAGCGAGCCUACAUCUAUGAGCAGCGUCACUGGAAAGGAUGUAUCUAUCACACCUUCAGCAUCGGCAUCACCCGAGCGGCAGACUGCUAUCCCGACCUCGUCCUCAAAUCCCGUAGUUGAGGAUGAUACUCGCGAGAAAAUCCAAUCUGAUCUUAGCGGCUGGAAGCGAAAAUUCGCGCUGGCGGCUGAGCGUGGCACCACUGACCUUAGAAAUCGUGUCGAGGAAAUCACAUCACGACAGAUCGAAAAUCAGGCCCAAGGUGUUGCUAAUGGUCUUGUUAUCAAACUCGACGAAACAGCCAAGACUGUCAUUGAUGACGUUAAAGCCAAGAUCAUCGAAUUGAUCCAAGAUUUGCCGGAAGAUGCGGACCAGGAUGCUGAAGACGCCUUGUACGAGAAGGUAGUGCAGACAGUCCGUAGUGCGGGCACAGCAAUCAAAGAAAAGGCGCAAGCUAUUAGAGAAUGGGAAAAUAAGUAUGACGCUGAUACUACUUCCCUUGUUACUGCUGCUCUGGAAUCUACUCUGAAGAUCGUAGAUUCGAUCCGCGACCUUGGUCUUCAACAAAUUGGCAUGCGUUGGGCAAACAUGGAGGGCGUGACGUACGAGGAUUGGGCUACAUAUCACGAUCUAAAGUCUGAAUUUGACAGUUGGCGCCACGGAAUUGAAGACGCUGCGUUGAAGCACAAGGGGCUUGAAGCUGCCAGAGCUGAGGGCGAACGUGUCCGCGAGGUCGCCAUAAGAUCGGCACAAAACGCGGUUGCUGAGCUUGUCAGACUUCGAGAUGCAUCAAAGUGGAAGAUUGCAGCACGAGAUUCUACAGAUGACUUCUCAAGCAAGGUUGUACCGCCAAGAGCGAAGGUGGUUGAUGCAAGUCAUGGAGAUUCGAAGAAUGUUGCUCAAUCACAGCCAUCCGAUGGAACAGCGGAGGGACUUUCCGCUGCCGUUGGAGCUGCUACUUCAUCGAUCGCAGAUUUGUUCAAGGAUGGUCUUGAAGUCGUCGAUGCUUUGACUGAAGAAGCGAUGUCUUCCGUCGGGAGUGCCUACGAGAGUGUAAAACUUGCCUCUACGAGCUCAAUGGAUGAUUUGGCCUCUUCCGCGUCGUUUUCAGCUGCAAACGCCCCUCGGAGCGUUUUAUCGGCUGCAAAGGACAAGUCAGAGCAAGCUCGCUCUGUUGUCGGCACGCCUGCUCCUGAAAAUUCUCAGGCAUCCAUCUCUGCGAACCUACAACACUCUGAAGCAUCUCCUAGCACUCAAUCUGUUAUAUCGAAGUCCUCACCCGACAAGGAUGAAGCAUUUAACGCGUUUCCCUCCAUUUCCCCCCAGGCUCCCUCUAUUGCGUCCGACAGCAUCUCAUCCAAUGAACCUGCUAACGAGUUGACUACAGCCUCCUCCAAAGUGUUUGGCAUUCCUGGUGCCUUGGCUGCGGAUGUUGGACAAAAGCAAAUCGUACUUGAUCACCCUUUCGAUGCUGAUGACACAUUGUCCGAAUACCUUGCCAUAGCGGGCGACAAGGGUUCUGAGCUCACGGAUGUAGUUAAGGAGGCGCUCAAAGGAUUCACUGCUGAACCCACACAAGGCAUCGUGGAAGGUAUUACCAGCGUGGCCGGUGAACAGAUCGCGAGGGCAUUAACGGCAGCGAGCGAGGCGCUUUAUGGGACACCUACGGGUGAGUUAGAGGGCAUUGAAGACAAGUUAACUAAAAGGUACCAUGAGGCGGUCACAGCGGCCUCGUAUGCAAUUUACGGUACACCACAGCCAGUGCUAGCUUCUAUUGCCUCCCAAGCGUCUGCGAAGUUCGACGAGGCUGUUAACCUGGCUAAGCAGCAGUACUCCAAAGCUUCAAUUGAGGUGGCGGGUACACCAAAGCCGGCUUACGAAGAGGCUAUAUCGUCUAUCGAGUCGUCCUACUCCGAGUCACUAUCAUUAGCCAGCGAAAAGCUAGAGAGCAUCCUUGGCUACACCGCAUCAAUCACACAUUUGUGGGCCAGUCCAACACAGGGUGUCUACGCGUCAGUAUCGUCCGUUGCAUCCGAAAGACUGCAACAAGGGUUGAGUAAAGCAUCAUCGCAGUACGAGAAGGCCAAGUCAGCAGCUGGACUACAGGAUCCCCCUGCUCACCAGCAAUACCUUGCUGAAGCACAGAAGCAAUACUACCAGGGCAUCGGCUUUGCCCACGAUCAGUAUUCGAGGUUCCUGGAAGCGGCAUCGACAGCCGUUUAUGGCACCCCAACCCCAGCGUAUCAAACUUUGCUCGAGUUGGCACAAGCUCAGUAUACGGGUGCCGUGUCUGCUGCAAAGUCUGUGUAUGAUGAAUUAGUACAAUCGAUCAAUGAAGUUGUAGAUGACAAAGAGAGGUCACCUGCGCAGAGCAUUCUCGCUUCAGCGGCAUCGCAGUACGAGUUUGCAAAAUCGCAAGCUGCAGAUAUUCUAGCAGCGGCUUCAGCAAGCGCAUCGUCAGCAGUCUUCGGCACGUCCGCUGGGAAUGUCGAGUAUCUUGCCUCUGCUGCUAAUGAACAGCUUUUUGGAUCAACGACGCCAUGGCUAGAUGCUGCUGCAUCGCGGGCGUCUGCUAACUGGGACUCACUAAUCUCAAGUGCUAGCUCUGCUAUAUAUGGUACACCAGCUCCAUGGCAUGAAUCCGCAUAUUCACAAGCCGGCGAAUACGCUGCUCAGGCAACAGAUGCCGCAGCGUCUCAGUAUGCCGCUCUGGCUGGCUUAUUCAAUGAGCUACUAGUUGGAAAAGAGCCGGACUUUACUGAGAGUAUGAUGGCUCGUCUAUCCUCGGCGUAUUACACGGGUAUGCCGAAUUACGCAUCAUCUGCAUCCUCUUUGGCAAGUGAGUUGUAUGCUUCGGCGUCUAGCGCUGCAAGCUCUGUAUUCACUCCUCCACCAACUCUUGAAGUUAUUCUCUCAAGGGCCUCUGAGCAGAUAAACUCAGUUGUUGAUGCGGCGAGUACCCAGAUAUAUGGCACUGAGCCAAAUCUCUACGAGAAAGCAAGCAGCGCAGCUGCGGAUGCCGCAUCGAAAGUGUCGGCUGCCGUUUACGGCACACCCGCAUCCUUCUUGGAGAGGGCACAAGCAGGUUUGGCGGAUAUUGGCGAGAACGCUCAGAAAGCUAUCAGUGAGGCUAUCUACGGUACAUCAACAGGUAGCUUUGAAGCGGCAAGCUCUCUUGCAUCCAGCGUCUACUCAUCUGUAUCGUCUGUUGCGGCAGAAAACGCAGCCACUGUUGCCGAAAAGUUUGCUCAGGGAUAUUCUGCGGCCGGUUCAAAGGUCUCUGAGGCCGUCUACUACUCCGAAAAGUCAGCCUUAGAGAGUGCACACGCGAGAAUACUUGCAGAACUCAGUAGUGCACAAGCGAGAUUGGAGGAUCUCGCCGCACAAGCUACUGGGUCUAUGAAAGAUAAUGUCAACGCUAUGAAGAGCAGAAUGGGAGAAGCCGCGGGCAGUGUUAGCUCUGCUGUUGCAAACGUUAAAGAUGAGCUGUAA